AUGUCUUCAACGACCGCGAAGCAAGACAUACCAGUGAUCAAGCCUCGCGGAAAAAUCCAAGGACACACCGCAAGGGUCACUGGCGUCCUACGACUGCCCGGUCUGCGACGGCGCAUCAUCACCUGUUCAGACGAUGGCUCGAUUCGAGUCUGGGACUUGGAUAGCGGCAUGCAGGUCGGAGAUGCCUGGAAGGACGAAGGAAGUGGAGUAGUGGCUGCCAUAGCAUUGUCGCCGGAUGACACAAUGGUAGCGAGCGGGAGUAAUGAUGGUGCAGUGAGAUUGUGGGACAUUGGCACGGGUGAGGUCGUCAAAAAAUGGACAGGGCACAAAAAGCUUGUGUGGUCUGUGUGCUGGAGUCCAGACGGAAGGCGAGUGGUGAGUGGAUCCAUGGAUCAUACAUUCAGAGUGUGGGAUGUCAAGAGUGGAUACACAAUCCUCGGACCAAUCCAGGCAACAUCAAACAUGCCUGUGUUGGCUUGUUACUCUCCAGAUGGCACGAUGAUUGCGACGAGCGGGCACCAGCUGAAAAUCUGGGAUGCCAACACGGGCGAACUACUCAAAACACUCGAGGGAAAAGUUUGGCGCAUGUUAUGGACCACCGAUGGAAAAACGCUUAUAACCUACGACAUUGGAAUCAGGAAGCUUGACACUGCUACCUGGACCCAAACCGCUUCUAUUGAGGGGUACAAAAGACUCAGUGAGAUUUCGUUAUCUCCGAAUGAGCGCAUCCUCGCAAGUGUAUCGAAAGAGAAAACAGCACAACUAUUGAAUCUCGAAAACGAUCAGUUCAUUGGACCGCCCCUCUAUCAUGAAGAUAUGGUGAGAGGCGUGGCCUUUUCUGCAGAUGGAAAGUACCUCACCACUGGCUGCGACGAUGGCCGCAUCUACAAAUGGGACAUCUCUACUAUCAUCAAAGAAGCUGGCCUCGAUAAUCUGCUGUCGGACAAUAUCUGCUCAUCCUUCCAGGUGAAUACUGUCAACAAAUCAGUGUUAGAUGCUGAUGCUACACCACGACGAGCCCCGAAAAUUGAAGCCGCUCGUCGGAUACCGCAAGGGUUUUUCGAUGACUCCUCGACAUCACGCAGUCGCCACACCGCCACACCACGUCAACCUCUUACCCCUCUCAGCUGGGCUCAAAAAUUCGUGUCUCGUACGCUACGCAGACGAGAUGGAUCAGGCAUUCGGUUGCCACCAGUAGUCGAAGUCCCGUUAACGGCAGGCAAGCCUAGGGAUUAUUAUGCAAGAAAGAAGCGCUCUGCAAGCUCCUCUCAACUUCCCAAACCUCAUACCACACAGCAACCAAGCGGCGGAGCGACCCAAAGCAAUCUGUCAUCAUCACAGCAACCACCCGCUACUGCCACCACAUCCACGACGCCUCCCGCAGUCGCUGGUACUGCAGGGGCAGCCGGUACAAAUCCUGAUAUCACCAUACGACAGGCUGGAUGGCGGGCUCGUUUCCUGCUCUGGGCGCAGACUGCUGGGGGCGCCCGCUCAACCAGCCCAUCACCGUCUACCUCCAUCUCAAACCCUCCAUCCUUGACAUAUCCAGUCAAUCUGACUAUGUCGUAGACUCCAUUGCCAAUAUUCAUAAUUGCCCGUGAUGACCUCGUCAAGGAUUCCGUUUCAACUAGGAGCACAUCCACCUCAUCCAAAAUUGACUGUUUGAACGUUUAGUGACAAUCGAGCUCAAAGAUCUACCAUGAUAUCAUGGCAUGGAGUGGUCCUUGAUUUCCUGAAAGCAGUCUAUCCGAGCAGGGCACUAUUACUCCAAGUGAACCAACUCAACGCACAUAGGUCAACUAGACUGUAGUCUUCGACAGGAAGAACGUUUCAGAUCGCAACAUCCUUCACAU